UUAAACCAAGUUUUAAGUUCCGACGCCGGCAGCUAUCAACCAUACUUGCCCUGGAAGACAAGUUUUUGGCCCGGGACUGGAUGAGCCCAUUCGCGCGCGCGCGAAAGAGGAGAGGGAAUGCCCCCUUCGCCUCCCUCCACUCCCCUCCUUCCCCUCCAAUCUUUCGACAUCGCCAAAUUCGCCAACCGCUUCGCCGCCCACCUCCAACUCCUCGCCGCCGCCCUCCACAAAGCCUCCGCCUCCGCCGCCACCGGCCCCACCCCCCUCCUCUGCCGCCUCCGCGCCCUCCACGCCCACAUACUUGCGUCCGGCUUCAAGCCCCGUGCUCACAUCCUCAACCGCCUCAUCGACCUCUACGCCAAGGCCGGCGACCUCCCGUCUGCCCGCCGCCUCUUCGACGCCGCCUCCCCUGCCCCCACCGACGCCGUCGCCGCUACCUCCCUCGUCAACGCCUACGCCGCUUCCGGCCACCUCCCCCUCGCCCGCUGCCUCUUCGACCGCACUCCUCUCCCCGCCCGCGACACUGUCUUCUACAACGCCAUGAUCUCCGGAUACGCCCGCGCCGGCAACGGCCUGCCGGCUCUCCUCGUCUUCUGUGAGAUGCUCCAGGAUGGCUUCCGGCCGGACGACUACACCUUCACCGGAGUUCUCAGCGCCGCCGCCGCCAUCAUUGGUCUGGAACCCACCCACUGCGGGCAGCUCCAUUGCUCCGUGGUGAAGUCCGGCACGGAGCACGCCAUCUCUGUUUCGAAUGCCCUCAUUGCCCUGUACUUCAAGUGUGAUUCCCCUGAUACAGCGGUAAUUGCUCGGGAGGUGUUUGAUAGAAUGGUCGAGAGAGAUGAGCUCACUUGGACCACAAUGGUUGUCGGGUAUGUCAGGAGAGGUGAUAUAACUGAAGCUCGUCAAGUCUUUGAUGACAUGGAAGGAAGGUUUAAUGUCGUUUGGAAUGCGAUGAUUUCGGGGUAUGUGCAUUGUGGGCUUUUCUUGGAAGCAUUGGAGAUGUUUAGAAAGAUGAAGUCAAUUGGCAUCCCGCUUGAUGAAUUCACCUACACGAGUGUGCUCAGUGCUUGUGAGAGCGCCGGGCUUUUCAAUCACGGAAAAGCUGUUCAUGCUCACAUCAUUCGUUCAGGGUCUGAUCUCAAUCCUGUAUCAGCAUUACCUGUUGAGAAUGUAUUGGUCACCCUGUACUCGAAGUGUGGAAAGAUCGAUGUUGCAAAAAGAAUUUUUGAUGAUAUUGAAAGAAAAGAUCCUGUUUCAUGGAACUCCAUCUUGACAGGGUAUGUAAAUUGUGGUCACAUUGAUGAUGCGCUUGCAAUAUUUAACGUUAUGCCUCAUAAGCAUGAGUUGGCAUGGCUGGUGAUGAUAUCAGGUUUUGUACACAAUGGGCUUGCCGAGGAAGGGCUGAAGCUAUUCAGUCGAAUGAGGGCUGAGGGUGCCAAGCCUUGCGACUAUACAUAUGCAAGCACAAUUGCUGCAUGUGGUGAGCUCGGAGCGUUGAAGCAUGGACAGCAACUCCAUGCACAGCUCAUCCAGUUUGGCUAUGAAUCAAGCAACUCAGCUGGAAAUGCUCUUUUGACAAUGUAUGCAAAAUGUGGGGCUGUGGAGGAAGCACACAUCGUGUUCCUUGUGAUGCCCAAUCUGGACUCUAUAUCUUGGAAUGCAAUGAUUGCCGCCCUUGGGCAUCACGGACAUGGGAGAGAGGCAAUUGAGCUCUUCGACCAGAUGAUUGGGGGCGGUAUAUUUCCAGAUCACAUCACUUUCCUCACGAUCCUAUCCGCCUGCAACCAUGCAGGCUUGGUAGAUGAAGGCUUUCGGUACUUUGAAUCCAUGAAAAAUGAUUAUGGUAUUAGCCCAGGGGAAGAUCAUUAUGCUCAGUUGAUUGAUUUACUAGGUCGGGCUGGACGUAUUCGAGAAGCUUGGGAUAUGAUUAAAUCAAUGCCCUUUGAGCCAGGUCCAUCCAUUUGGGAGGCUGUUCUAUCAGGCUGUAGAAUUCAUGGGGACAUGGAUCUUGGAAUCCAUGCAGCAGAGCAGCUCUUUAAGAUGAUACCUCGACAUGAUGGAACAUAUGUCCUUUUAUCCAACAUCUAUGCUGCCAUCGGGCGAUGGGAAAAUGUUGCAAGGGUUAGGAAAUUGAUGAAAGAUCGUGGGGUUAAGAAGGAACCCGGAUGCAGCUGGAUUGAAGUUGCAAAUAAGGUUCAUGUGUUCCUUGUCAAUGAUGCAAGACACCCUGAGGUGCAGGAAGUAUACAAAUUCCUUGAGAUACUUGGAGUCAAGAUGAGGAAGCUGGGAUAUGUCCCUGAUACCAAGUUUGUUCUGCAUGAUGUUGAGUCUGAGAAAAAGGAAUAUGCAUUAUCUACUCACAGCGAGAAGUUGGCUGUCGGAUAUGGGCUUCUAAAAUUGCCUGCUGGGGCUACAGUUAUUGUUCUUAAGAACUUGAGAAUUUGUGGGGAUUGCCACACUGCAAUCAUGUUCAUGUCAAAGGCAGUUGGUCGAGAGAUCGUUGUCAGAGAUGUUAAGCGGUUUCACCAUUUUAAGAAUGGAGAGUGUUCAUGCGGGAAUUAUUGGUAAAAAACAGUUUAAUUUAUACAAGUGGCAUGUGCUUGAGAUGGCGAGCUUCAUAUAUAACACUCAUAUUCAUGCCAUCUCUCAAACUGUUGGAAUAAUUUUUGAAUGCAUUCCAACUGUGAAGAAGCUCCCAACUAAGGAUCAGCUUAGAUUUUAAACUUCCAGUUUGGCCGUCUACAGAUCUGACAAUCCCUCUGUUGCUGCAUCAGUUCAUCAAUUGCUGAGACCUAGAUUAGGACAGAAGAGAUUAGUCUUACCAAAUGUUUGGAGGCUGUUUGGAGAUAGUUCAAUGACAGUGAUAUCUCCUGUGAGUCAUAGUAACUUAUUUACAUUCAGUGUUCACAUUAUCAUUAUUGAUUCAUAUGUUUGUCAUUCUUUAUUCAUAAACUUGAUAUUGCCAUGGACCACUGGUUCCAUGGGAGUUGCCUUAAUACAGUCUAUUGCCUUAAUUUUUGAAAAGACUUACAAUAUUAAAUAUAGGUCGCCAUGCUUUCAAGUAUCUUUGUGUAUUUUAUCCUACUAGUGUGUCAAGAAAUAUGCUAAGAACAUAGAGUAAUUAAUUGUGAUGUUGAUAGCUGAAUGCAUAUUGGACCCAAAACUUAUGAAAAUACCUUUAUAUUUUGCCUUCCCAUGCUCUUUUGUUGUUUAAAAUAAUAAACAUGUUGUAAUAUUUGUUUUGGCAAUUUGGGCUAGAUACAUAAUGCAUAUCCAAGAUUAUCUGGUGGACAUGACUUGCCAAAACAUGUACGUUAGAGAUUCAAAACAAGCUAGAUCAUCGUCAUAAAACAACUCAAAAUACUUUAAUUCAGAGUAAAAGGUUCAUACGUUAGUGAGCACUCAUGGUACUCUUUUAUGUGCAUAAUCUUAUGUGCUAAUCGAUAUGUACAGAUAAUUGGUAUGGUACAUAAUAUCAUAGUAGGUAUUAAUUCAUAGGAUGAUAUAUGCAACUAAGAAAAAUAUUGAUAGUCUUACUCGUUUGUGGAGCAAUUGUUUGUCUAUGAGGACACUAAAAAAAAAGAAGUGUUUGUUUCUUUGAUGAUCAUCAUCCCAAGGUGUUCUAAAAGUAACAAAUUACUACUUGUGAGGACCAAGGGAAUCCAUGUAGGAUGGAAUUAGAUCAGGCGAACAAGAUUGCAAGGAGAAGAAAUUGGUCAUGUCAUGAAAUGCAGAAAUCUUGCUAUAAUGCUAGUUUAAUGAAUAUAAUGAUAUGAUGAUAAGAAGAGAAGAGGUGAAAACAUUGGUUCAAAUUUGUGGACCCAUGGCCAGCUUUAAACAAGUAGUGCUUCCAUAUUAACUCCUCGAGACCACUCUGCUUUAUUGUAAAUAAAAGAGGUCAGUUGGCUGGGUUGGCUAGGUAGCCUCAAUCUGAUUUUAUGGAUCCACUUAAAGUUGGGCCAGGUUCACAGUUUCAAGGUUUAGGUCUGCAAUAGAUCCAACUUGGGCCAUGUAGAACUUUAGUUCAAGAUUAGGCUGAACUGAGUGCCAGCCACCCCCGCUUGCCCAUGUCCCAUUUAAGCAUUGAUAAGAAACUAUAAAACUAUAUUAUUGGUUCAUGAUUUAAUUUUAAACAUAUGACCUCCUACAUGCAGACAAUGUAAAAAGUAAGAUUUGUGCUGGUCGAGGAAUCUAUCCCAUAGAUGUUGUUCUUUAAAAACAUUUGAUGCUGCAGUUAGGAGCUUCACACGAAGAAGCCCUCCUAUAAAGAUAGAAUAUGGCCUUCAAUAACUCUUAAGAAGGCAUAGAAGGUGUAUCUUCUUCUCUGUAUUUGAUUUCAUCUUUCCUUUGAUGCUUGCUAAUGGGCCAGUUUUCCAAAUAAAGGAUGCUAUGUAAUGAGUUAUAAUCUCAGAUACCCAUCUGACACACGUCAUCUGGAUGAUUUCAGACAUGAUAUUUCUAAAUGUGAAUCUAUAAAAUUUCUCAUUGUUAUGCUCUCAUAGAUACAGUUCUGUUUUUUUCUGGAGAAAAUGUUUAGGUGACUGAUGAAUAUAUAUGCAACAAAGUUAAAGUAGGCUGACUUGAUUGACAUGUGAUGUUCCUCUUUUUAAAAAUAAAAAUUAAAAAAAAAAGUGAGAAAUGAUUCUUUCUCAAAGGCUAUGGCUCUUCCGAGGGAAACUGAAUUGCGAACGAUCAAGAUUUUAAAUAUCGGUAGGAUGGGGGUACAUCGCACAGUCCCGAGUGUUAGGGGCACCAUUCUAUGUGUCAGGGCGGGAUGAGUUUGGAAACAGGCCGGGACGGAACUGGAUUUCCACCGUCCUAAGUGUUAGGAUGCGGGGCCUCCCAUUCCGGAUGGCCCUGUCCCAUGGUAUUUAAAACAUUGCAGAAGAUAAAUGGCUGUUCUUUACAGACUUGGCUGGAAGCCUUGGAGCAGAUACACAUGAAAGCUGUAACACUGUGACAGUGAGAGUGGUGAUGUGCUGCUUCUGAAUGGUAUGCACUCAGAUUUCUCAUAUGCAAUCGCUCAUAGGAGAAUUCCUGAACAGCCAGAAAGUUGAUAACUGCCUUCUUUUCUAUAUAAUCCACCUUGAUUUGUAUUCAGAUGGUUCUGCCUAUUUAUGUGAUAGGGCUGGUUAAUUAUUAGCAUGCAGUCAAUGUGAACAGACCAACUUGCUAGUGCUAAGUUUUAUUCUUUGCUUCAUUGGGUUCAGAAAUAGUUCCAAAGGGUUUAAAACUGCUGUCCUAUGUUCUUGCUUGUGAGAGUGGCAGUUCCAGUGGGUAUGACCAAAAGUGCUAAAUGGAGACUGAAAAUAUUAGAAGAUGGCUGCUGACUUGGCCUUCAAAUGAAGCAUUCAACUUGAUGCUUGGAUUUUAUGAAGUCUGAAGCACUAGUAGCACUAUAAUUGUACAGAUCUGUGUUUUUGAACUCAAAUUUCUCAGAUUUUGAUGGUCAACCAUGCUGCCUAUCUUAAUUGUAUGGUACGUAUUUGGAGCUGGUAAAUUUCAAUGUGUUCAAUUUAGUAUGUCUAAUGCUAAGCACCAUUGGAAGAGUAAGGCUGAAGGGUGUGAAAUGGAUAAUGAAGUGUAUGUGCCCUCAUAAAAGAUAAGAAAGCAUGUGAGCUAAACCACUAGGGGGUUUACAGAGAUGAGGACUGGAAAUUUUACAAAUUGAAUUUGCAUCAAGUGGACUUGAUUUGUAGUUUCCUGGUUAAUUUAGAGAUGCAAGCGUUCUUCAGGGAGAUUUCAAAUUUCUACCUAUAGAGCCUGGAAUUGUGGGAAGCUGCAAUGUUACUGGUUUUUCUUGCUGCUGCUGAUGCUGCUACCUCCUGUCUCUCUUAAGCUAAGGGGUGUUGCCAGGGAGGUGUUCUAGCUGUUAAGUGCAUGAAUUGAUGCAUUUGGCUGAUGAAACCCAAAGUUCAGAGUGGAAAGGCUGCAAGAAUGACCAAAUGCUUGGGAAAGGAUUGUGUAUCCAUUAACAUAGAUAAUGCAGCCAGGGAAGGUAAAUUUUGGCUGGUCUGGAGCAGAAAUUGCUAUAAAAUGAACAAGAUACGGAGAUUUGCUCAGGCUUUAUCUUCUACCUGUGCCGUGAAGGCAAAGGCAAAAGUAAUUGGGGAAGCUAAUAUGAAGGCAUCCAGAAAUCACAACUGGUAACCAGGGCCUUCAAGACUGACAUUCUCGAGUAAAAAAAUUGUGGAAAACAGUUAUCCGGGAGGUUUCUGCUAGACUUUUGUAAAGAAAUUAUCAUUUUUGCUUUGGAGGUCUCUAAAGCCACAUGCCACCCGUGAUCAUGGAGCAACCAGUCUCAAGGUUGACUGUAGGAAUUUUAAUUUCAUCUGAUAGUUACUCAUGACAUCUAUAACAUUUACAAAUGGAUGAUGUUUUGCUGGUGAUGAUGGUUUGUCUUUCUCAUCUAAUUUACAUAUAAUUUUACAUAUAUAAAAAUUAUAAUCAUCAAUUGAAUUAUCUUAUUUGCCUGGUUUCUUUUUUCCUAAGCUGAGCUCUCUGAUUUUACUUUUCCGAACUUCUGUGAGUUCUUUCAAUUCUUCUGAAUUUUGGAUCUUUUCACCACGCUUAAUGGCUCCCAAACACUAAGCAUGCAUGUACAUGCACCAUUAAAGCUUUGGAUGAUGUACAGGAUCUUUUGCAUUGAUGUGCAGCAAUACUCCUGACACAUCUCUUGAAAUCCUGUAAGUACAUGAUGGGUUUUAUGUGAAGGAGAGUAACCUUUUCAUUGGCAGUGCUGCCAACAAUACAUUGUCUUGCCAGCAGAGUACAACAUCUCUAAAUGUCAGGGUCCUGAGGCAUCUCAACAAGAUAGAAAGCAAAGACCCCCAAACGGAGGGAGACAAGCGACCUGAUAAAUCCCUCGGUAGUACAUAACCAACUAUAUUACUCUUAAAUGCCAAGAAUUCCAUGACUAGCUGUCUUAUGAGUGCAACAGGUUAUUUUACAUGCACAUCUGGUGAGAAAUAUGAAAGAAAAGUUCAUAGUAGUCAUGCGCCCUGCAAGUAUAGAAGCACAGAAAUCCAAAAUUACAAACUGAUUAUGUUUUUGUUUUUCCUAUUAUAUGAGUGGUAAAUGCCCACAAACUUUUGGCAGAUCCACUGCAUUCCUUCACCUGGAAAGCACAAUCUCAUACAGAGGA